ACUCCCCCCAACAAUUAGCCUUCAAUUUUGUUUUUGCGCCACAUCCGUUGCCCCCAUUUGUUUACCCCUCACAGUUCUCUGAGAGUGCAUAUCUCCAUUUCUCCAGUUCGUCUACCGUCGCCCGUCGCGUUACCGUCCAAUAGCCUCCACAACACGACGCCCGCUACGAGACCCCCUGCGUCGAGCACCACUCCCCACCGUCCAAGAAAACAAGCCAAACGACUCAGCCCCAAGCCGCCGCCUCACUUUCAAAUCGACCGACCUCGACACGUGACAGGAUUAGAUGAGAAAGCCACGCACAUCUAGAAAGACUCGGCGAGAAAAUCAUGUUCUUCGUCAGUGAAUAAGAACAGCAGUGACCCUAUCUCCAGUUCUCUAACUGCACAUGGAGCGAUGGCUACAAAAAAUCUACAAAAUAAUAAAGCAGAUGGAAAAUCUCUAGUAACCUCUAAUGGCCUACCGAGCAAGGAUGCUCUGAGUGGCUCAAAAUCACAGCACAUCAACCAAUCGGGUUUAUCUGUAGCAAGAAAAAAACAUGUCCAUACUCAGGUUGAAGACUUGAACCUCGGGUCCAGGGUGUGACCACAACAACAAACAAUGUUUUACUCUCAAACAUUUUUGGCGCGAAAAGGGCCUCUGGGAACGGUGUGGUGUGCCGCUCAUCUUCAACAUCGCCUCAAAAAGUCUCACUACAGUUCCACCGAUAUCCCCUCCACCGUCGAUCGAAUCAUGUUUCCGGAAGUUCCCAUUGCCCUCAGAAUGUCGGGCCACCUUUUAUUAGGUGUUGUUCGGAUAUAUUCGAAGAAAGUGGAUUAUUUGUUCCAAGACUGUAAUGCUGUUUUGAAUGGUUUAAGAAAGGCCUUUGCGUCUAUAGAUCUCAAUUUGCCGGAGGAUGCUAGACAGGCACCGGUUCAGUCUAUCACUUUGCCAUACACGUUUGACCUCGAUACAUUGGAUUUAGACCAUGAUAUUUACGAUGAGGGGUCCCCAGAUAAUCACCUCAAGAGUCGAGAGGAGAUUACGUUAGCAGAUCAAAUUCCUAUUGGAAGAGACCCUUAUGUUGCUAUUUCUUUUGAUGAGGAUUUCAUGAUGAUGGAUUCCUCACGUCCAGAAGUGUUUUCUGACUCUGAUGUCAGGCUGAUGGAUGGCAUUCUCCCUUCACCUCCGGUGAAUGGCAAUGAUGGAUUUCAACAUCCCGAUCCAAGUAAUCAGAGGGAAGAACAUAACUUGAGGCUUAGCAAUGACGAGAACCCUCAAAGUUUUCCACAUGAUGUGGAAUCUCGAGAUGAGAGUCCAAGUAAUCAUACAGAGAUGCUUGAUAACGAUGCUGAUAUCCCCCAAGAUCUUCCAGAGAGGGAAAUACUACGUGAUUCUGUUCAUGGUUUUGGCUUAGAAAACCUUCCUCCAAUAUUUCCAGAUUGUGGGGACGACCUAGGUGGAAAGAACAGAUCCUUAGACCAAACAAUGAAUGAGAAGGAAACCUUCCCUCCAAUCAUGGAUGAAAAUUUAUUGUCUGUAGGGCAGUCUUUACCAUUUCAGCAACAUUCAGAAUCACCACCUUCUGCAGCUUCCCAACCGGCUACCGAGAUUUUUGAUGCACAUGUUUCAUUGAGUGUGCCAAUGGAUAUUUCUCCUGGGCUAGGGAUUAUUCGAUCAACUCCACCUGUUAAGCAGCCAAAAGCAAGAAAGAAGAAGAGAAAACAGUUCUUUGAUGAGUCCACAGUGUUGAGUAACAAACUUAUGAAGAAGUCUCUUGAAGAUUCUAGUGAUUUAUUGCGAAAGAAAAGGGAUGCCCCUUGCUCUACUUUGGGUAUCUGGAAGUUAAACAACACUUUACGAAAGGAACAAGUUUUUCACCAGCCUUCAUUGACUGGGUUGUGUUUGGAUCUUUGUGAUAUUUUCAAGGACCUCAUAUCUACAAAACCCCAUCUCAUUUUCUCUGAGGAAACUUUUCCAGAUCCUAAAAUUGCAGCAUCUCCUGCUUCAACAAAUGAAGCUUUCCUGGAGCCGAGGGAUGCUCAAUCUCCUGCUGUUGUGCCUGAACUUGACAUGGAAAUUGAACGUCCUCGAAAUAUUGAAGCCUUUGAUGGCGGCAGCUUCUUACCCGAAUUUGUGCCAUCCCAAGCUAGAUUCACGCCUUCUCCUAUUAGAAGAUGUGACUUUACUCCUGCAACAACCAUUGAGACCAGGGUAUCUACACCCCAUCUAGCAGCAUCCACCGGAACUGGUGGGUCUGAGAAGAGAAGAAGAAUGACAUUUUCAGAGGAGCAUCUAAGUCUAAAGAACACUGGUCUCUCAGAUAUUCCCGGUUUGAUGAAUUCUGCCGAAGCAGAUGACCUUUACUUUUUGGAAGAAGAUAACAAUACCCCAACAGCAGGAUCACAAGGAACGGAAAGAAUAGAUUCAUUGUCUGCAAGAACCAGGGCUGUUGCUCAAUAUUUAAAAAGACAUUCUCCUUUCAGUGCAAGCUCAGAAGGUCUUUCUGGAGAUCUCAUUUUGAACAAGACUUUAGAAGGAAGGACAAGAAAGCUAUGUGCCCGCAUGUUUUAUGAGACGCUUGUUUUGAAGAGUUAUGGACUUGUCGAUGUUCAACAAGAAGAACCUUUCAGCGAUAUUCGUUUGAAGUUGACACCUACAUUUUCAAAGACUCAAAUUUGAGUUACAAAGUUGGGCCAUGUGCUUACAUGGCCUUCAUGUAUAAAGGUAAGAUCUAGCUACUAUUUAUUGUACAGUGCAAAGGUUGAUACAGUGGCGUCCAACACCUUCAUCAGCAUUCUUUAGGGCUAAGGGUUUUGUGGAGUGGAUUUUACGUUCGUUUUUGGUUGGGGAAGAAGGAUAGAAGAACGUGUAAUUUAUAAUUAAAAGGGAAGUGAAAAGUGCUUGCUA